AUGUCACCCUUGCUUCAACUACGUCGUCGUCAACGGAAUCGUCUUUUGAUUGGAAUUUUUAUUGCCAUCAUUAUCAUUAUAAUAUGUACACAUUUAUUCUCUCAACAAAGUUCAUCAUCAUCACCUGUUGAUUAUCAAUCACAUGAUCUACAUUAUGCAGUUCCGACUGUUCGUGCAAUUUCUAUCAUAAAUGCAAGUACUAAAGUAACUAUUACUACCACUAUUACUAUGACUGAUCCUGUUAUAACUACGAAAUCUACCACUGCUGCUUCUCCUAAUUUUCCUGAAGUACGUCGACCUAUAGAAAAACGUCGAUUUACAAGUACAGCUGUUGAAUCAUUAAUUGAAGAAAUAAAAAAAAAUAUCAAAAAUAAAGAACUUGCAUGGUUAUUUGAAAAUUGUUUUCCUAAUACACUCGAUACAACCGUUGAUUUCGACGUUAAAGCAGCAUCUGAAAAACAUCCUGAUACUUAUGUUAUUACAGGUGAUAUCGAUGCCAUGUGGUUACGUGAUUCAAGUGCUCAAGUAAAUCCAUAUCUACCUUUAAUACGUAAUGAUCCCAAACUUCGUCAAUUGAUUGAAGGUGUACUCUUACGACAGUGUAUGUUUGUUCAACGUGACCCAUAUGCAAAUGCACAUUAUAAAGAUACGAGUCGUACUAGUGAAUGGAAACAAAUGGAUCUAACAGAAAUGCGUCCCGGUGUGCAUGAACGAAAAUGGGAAUUAGAUUCUCUUUGCUAUGUUCUAAGAUUAAUGCAUUCAUAUUGGAAAGAAGUUGAUCAUGAUUUAACUUUUUUUCGUGAAAAUGAACAAACAUUUAAAACAACUAUUCGUAUCAUUUUACAAACGAUGAAAGAACAACAACGAUUCAAUGGAUCAGGUCCAUAUACAUAUCAACGACAAGGUCAUCCUACAGAUCCACGUGGACGUCAUUCAAAACCAAAUGGUCUUAUUCAUACAUUUUUUCGACCAAGUGAUGACUUACAACUAUAUCCUUAUCUUAUUCCAUCGCAAUUUUUUGCACAUCAUACAUUGAAUCUCUUACUAGAACUUGUAAAAAAAUUAGAAUGGACAGCUGAUUUUAAUAAUGAUAUAUUAAGUUUAACUUCUGUUCUACAUGAUAUUUUAUUUAAUGACAAAAUGACAAAUAAUUCAGAAACAUCAAUUACAGUUAGUCAUACUAAAUAUGGAUUUAUUUAUUCAUAUGAAACCGAUGGACUUGGUCAUACAAAUUUAAUGGAUGAUUCAAAUAUUCCAUCACUUCUUUCGUUACCAUAUUUAUGUCCUAAUGAUAUUCCAAAAAAUCAUUCAAUUUAUCAAAAUACACGGAAAUUUGUACUUAGUACAGAUAAUCCAUGGUUUUUUAAAGGAGCUGCACUUGAAGGUAAUGGUGGACCACAUGUUGGACCUUCAAUGGCAUGGCCACUUGCAAUUAUCAUGCGUGGUUUAACAACAAAUGAUGAUGAAGAAAUACGAUCUUGCAUAAAAAUGUUACAAAAAUCUCAUGCAAAUACAGGAUUUAUGCAUGAAUCAAUAGAUGUCAAUAAUCCAAGACAUUUUACACGAUCUUGGUUUGCUUGGGCAAAUAGUUUAUUUGGUGAAUUUAUUUGGAAAAUAUAUCGAGAAAAACCGCAUCUAUUAAAUUAA